AUGAAGAGACCACGAGAAGUAGAAGAAGAUGAUCAUGAUUGUGAUCAUCGUAGUCCAAAAUUAGAUAUAAGCGUGAGUGAAGACGGUGUUGGUGAAUGGGUGCGCGGGCCGUUGCUCGGAAAAGGAUGUUUCGGGUGCGUUCACAAAGCUCUCUUCCCCGAACGUAGGCUACUACGAUUCAAAGAUUUCCCUCCGGUUUUGGCGGUAAAAUCUGCGUGGGAUUCUUGCUCGAUUGAUGAGCUGAUAAUGGAGGAGAAGGUGUAUCAGUGUGUGGGCUCCAGUCCUCACAUCAUCAAGUGCUACGGCCACGAUUUUACCCUCGGCGGUGAAGGAGGAGCGAUUCUAAAUGUGUUUCUUGAAUACGCGUCCGGUGGGUGUUUGGAGAGUUUGAUCGAGAGUAACAGCGUAGGAUUGCUCGAGUCGGAAGCAAGAUCACACACUCGUUCGAUUCUUCGAGGGCUUAAGCUGAUUCACGACAAGGGUUUUGUUCACUGCGACGUGAAGCCAGCCAACAUUCUAAUGGUGCCUAGCACAAAAAAUUAUGGUGGUAUGGUGGCGAAGAUUGGUGAUUUUGGUCUAGCGAAGUUGGGGAGUUGUAGAAGUAGUAAUUACGAUGAUGGAGGAAGGCGGCUGAAGAGAUCAAACCCAUCACCAUUAUCAUCAUCGGUGAGAGGAACCUUGUUGUAUCUGUCUCCAGAAGCGGUGGUGGAGAGUGUUCAAGAGCAGGCGUCUGAUAUUUGGGCUCUUGGGUGUGUGGUUCUGGAGAUGCUGACUGGAAGACCGCCAUGGAAGGAGAUGCUGACGAAGGAGGAGUUGUUGCAGAAGAUAGGUAGAGAAACGCCGCUUGAUGCUCUACCACAUCAUGGAGCAGGGUUUUCCCAGACUGCUAGAGAUUUCUUAAUCAAGUGUUUUACGAGGAACCCCAAUGAGAGACCCUCUGCUGAGAUGUUGCUGAAUCAUCCCUUUGCUAUGGAGUCUACCAUCGAAGGUCUUGAGGAGAUGCUGUUCAUGUAUGCUGCUGGUAGGAAUGAUAUUAAUCCUCGUCAUGAUCUGCAGGAGGAGGAUAUUACUAUUAUUGAUGACGACGACGACGACGAUGAUGAUGAUGAUUCUAGUUCCAGUAGCAGUUGCAGUAAUGACAGUUGCAUCGAAUUAGAAAAAGAACAAUUUCAACUUGAAGUAGAAUAG